AAAAAGUAAGAAAUAUAAGAAAUAACAAAAUGGCUCGAGUCUCUUCUCUUCUUUCUUUCUGCUUAACACUUUUGAUCCUUUUCCAUGGCUACGCGGCUCAACAGGGUCAGCAGGGUCAGCAGUUUCCGAACGAGUGCCAGCUCGACCAGCUCAAUGCGCUCGAGCCGUCACACGUACUGAAGAGCGAGGCUGGUCGCAUCGAGGUGUGGGACCACCACGCUCCUCAGCUCCGUUGCUCAGGUGUCUCCUUUGCACGUUACAUCAUCGAGUCUAAGGGUCUCUACUUGCCCUCUUUCUUUAACACCGCGAAGCUCUCUUUCGUGGCUAAGGGACGAGGUCUUAUGGGAAAAGUGAUCCCUGGAUGCGCCGAAACAUUCCAAGACUCAUCAGAGUUCCAACCACGCUUCGAAGGUCAAGGUCAAAGCCAGAGGUUCCGUGACAUGCACCAGAAAGUGGAGCACAUUAGGAGCGGUGAUACCAUUGCCACAACACCCGGUGUAGCACAGUGGUUCUACAACGACGGACAGGAACCACUUGUCAUCGUCAGCGUCUUCGAUCUAGCCAGUCACCAGAACCAGCUUGACCGCAACCCAAGGGUAUAUAUAUAUAUAUAUAUAUAUAUAUAUAUAUAUAUAUAACAAAACCUCAUUACAAAAGAAUCAUUAUAUUAAUUACAAAUUAACAAAAAUAAUAUGGUUUAUUCUUUUUGGUAUUUUAUGAAUGAAGCCAUUUUACUUAGCCGGAAACAACCCACAAGGUCAAGUAUGGCUACAAGGACGAGAGCAACAGCCACAGAAGAACAUUUUCAAUGGAUUUGGACCCGAGGUUAUUGCUCAAGCUUUGAAGAUCGAUCUUCAGACAGCACAGCAACUUCAGAACCAAGAUGACAACCGUGGAAACAUUGUCCGAGUCCAAGGACCGUUCGGUGUCAUUAGGCCGCCUUUGAGGGGCCAGAGACCUCAGGAGGAGGAAGAAGAAGAAGGACGACAUGGACGACACGGUAAUGGCUUAGAGGAGACCAUCUGCAGCGCCAGGUGCACCGAUAACCUCGAUGACCCGUCUCGUGCUGACGUGUACAAGCCACAGCUCGGUUACAUCAGCACUCUCAACAGUUACGAUCUCCCCAUCCUUCGCUUCAUCCGUCUCUCAGCCCUCCGUGGAUCUAUCCGUCAAAACGCAAUGGUGCUUCCACAGUGGAACGCAAACGCGAACGCUAUUCUUUACGUGACAGACGGGGAAGCCCAAAUCCAGAUCGUAAACGACAAUGGUAACAGAGUGUUUGACGGACAAGUCUCUCAAGGACAGCUCAUAGCCGUACCACAAGGUUUCUCGGUGGUGAAACGCGCAACAAGCAACCGAUUCCAGUGGGUUGAGUUCAAAACAAACGCUAACGCGCAAAUCAACACUCUGGCGGGACGAACCUCAGUCUUGAGAGGUUUACCACUUGAAGUCAUAACCAAUGGGUUCCAAAUCUCACCCGAAGAAGCAAGGAGGGUCAAGUUCAACACGCUCGAGACCACUUUGACUCACAGCAGUGGCCCAGCUAGCUACGGAAGGCCAAGGGUGGCUGCAGCUUAAGAGCUUAAAACUGCAGCUUAACAAUGAACCUCGAGUACUGUAAAAGGAAGUUAAACAGUACGUAGUAAUAAUAAUAAUGUACGAAAAUGUGACUAGUUUUGUUGAGGUUUACCUGUAAAAUGCAACUCCUUUUCUGAAUAAAAUCUUUUCAAUUUUCGAUCAAGUUAAUACAAAUCUAGGUCUAAAUUAGGUUCUU